AGAAGGAGGAGAGACGCAGGGCCCAGGGCACCCUCGCGAGCGGACCCAGGCGUUGAGGGCCUGCGGCCGGCUGGCCAGGGCAGCUGCGUGGCGGCGGGCGCGGCGGGGACCGGCGUGAGGAAGCCCUGAGCCCUCGGCGGGCUGCGAGCGACUCCCCGGCGAUGCCUCACAACUCCAUCAGAUCCGGCCACGGAGGGCUGAAUCAGCUAGGAGGGGCCUUUGUGAACGGCAGACCCCUGCCUGAAGUGGUGCGUCAGCGCAUCGUGGACCUGGCCCACCAGGGCGUGAGGCCCUGCGACAUCUCCCGCCAGCUCCGAGUCAGCCAUGGCUGUGUCAGCAAGAUCCUUGGCAGUAGGUACUACGAGACUGGCAGCAUCCGGCCUGGAGUGAUAGGGGGCUCCAAGCCCAAGGUGGCCACCCCCAAGGUGGUGGAGAAGAUUGGAGACUACAAGCGUCAGAACCCUACCAUGUUUGCUUGGGAGAUCCGAGACCGGCUCCUGGCUGAGGGGGUCUGUGACAAUGACACUGUGCCCAGUGUCAGCUCCAUCAAUAGGAUCAUCCGGACCAAAGUGCAGCAACCAUUCAACCUCCCCAUGGACAGCUGCGUGGCCACCAAGUCCCUGAGCCCGGGACACACGCUGAUCCCCAGCUCAGCUGUAACGCCCCCAGAGUCACCCCAGUCAGACUCUCUGGGCUCCACCUACUCCAUCAACGGGCUCCUGGGGAUUGCUCAGCCUGGCAGCGACAGCAAGAGGAAAAUGGACGACAGUGACCAGGACAGCUGCCGGCUGAGCAUCGACUCCCAGAGCAGCAGCAGCGGGCCCCGCAAGCACCUUCGCACGGACGCCUUCAGCCAGCACCACCUUGAGCCGCUCGAGUGCCCAUUCGAGCGGCAGCACUACCCAGAGGCCUAUGCCUCCCCCAGCCACACCAAAGGCGAGCAGGGCCUCUACCCGCUGCCCUUGCUCAACAGCGCCCUGGACGACGGCAAGGCCACCCUGACCCCUUCCAAUACACCCUUGGGGCGCAACCUCUCGACUCAUCAGACCUACCCAGUGGUGGCAGCUCCGCCUUUUUGGAUCUGCAGCAAGUCGGCUCCGGGGUCCCAGCCGGUGCCUCGGUCCCGCCCUUCAAUGCCUUUCCCCAUGCUGCCUCCGUGUACGGGCAGUUCACGGGCCAGGCCCUCCUCUCAGGGAGAGAGAUGGUGGGGCCCACGCUGCCCGGAUACCCACCCCACAUCCCCACCAGCGGACAGGGCAGCUAUGCCUCUUCUGCCAUCGCAGGCAUGGUGGCAGGUUCCCCAUAUUAUUACAGUUCCACAUCAAGGCCAAGCGCACCGCCCACCACUGCCACGGCCUUUGACCACCUGUAGUUGCCAUGGGGACAGUGGGAGCAACAGGAGGACUUGGCCUGGGACAGGCCCCAGAGAGUCACACAAAGGAAUCUUUAUUUAUUACAUGAAAAAUAACCACAAGUCCAGCAUUGCGGCUCACUCCCUGUGUGGUUGAUUUAAUGAACCAUGAAAGACAGGAUGACUUUGGAGAAGGCCAAACUGUCCUCUAAAGACUCCACAAUGAGGGGCAGGAGUUCCAGGGAGAGAGCACUGCCCCAUUCCAAAAGAGACAGAAUUGGAGGAGAAAUGUGGAGAGAGGAGGGAACCGCCGAGGAGCUUGAGAGGGACGGCUCGCGCCCCACGAGGGGCUUAGGGCCGCAAAGGCGUCUGUGGCUCCAUCAACGCGCUCUGGCGGUCCUGGGCUAUAAGCACUUCUGUCCAGCCCGCACACCACAGCCGGGCACGGAGGCUGUCCCCCCACAGCCCCGCUGAUCGUCACCUGCAGCCUGCCCCACAGCCGAGGCUCUGGCCGUCCACCUCCUCCACUUGGCUUGCUUGGCUCUUUCUGCGCCUCCCUCCAGGCCACGGGCUGAGGGCCGGGUGGAGUCAGCCGGAAGCUCCACCUGGCGGUCAAGGGCCUGCCUUUCGCCUGCUGCUGAGAAUGUGUGAGCACGCCCCAGGUUCUCCUCCGGUGGAUCAUUCCUUGCCAGCCAGUCGGCCUAUUACAGCUCGAGACAGACGUUCCCCAAGGCCCCGGCUCCUGGGGAGUGAGCUGCAGCCCUUCCCAGGGGCAGAAUGAGGCAGAAUUGCCGGGGACCGCUUCCCUCUCCCCACUGCCCCUGCCAAGCCAGGUAUGCAGCCUACAGCCCAAGCCCACAGCAACGGAAAAGACCCUGAGGCGACCCCCUGAAGCCAGCAAUGGAGGUUCCCCCUCUGGCCCCCUCGCAGCCCUUGCCCCAGAAGCCUGACUGUAAAUACUGUAAAUGAAGCUCUGUUUGGGUCAAGCUUCCCUCUGUCCACCCCUAGACUUUGGCCUCUCAGUGAAUUGUCUCCCUGCCAUGUUGGGCUUUCUCUCCUUGACGCUUCUUUCUUUUUUUUAAAGACAACCCACCAUUACCACAUAACUCAAUAAACCAUUACUCUUGG